UUCUCAGUGUGACCAUGAGAAGAAGAGGAAGAUGUCGGCGCCACUGACUGAACUGACCAGCGCACCUGUCCCGGCGUUGGUGGCUAGCCCUAUAUAAGAAGACUGUUCAGCCCUAUUGUAUCCACCACAGUCCAGAUAUCUAACACCUCCUCUUCUCUAGCUCCAUGAUCUAUUCCUAGCUCUUUUGCCUUCAGCAUGCCUAAAGACUUUCAGCCGUUCUUGCAGCGGUUCCUGCGGCACUCCGUCCAGGAGACUAGCCACCCCCCUAUAACAAACAAACUUGUCGAUACAGACGAAGCCGACCUCCCCAGAAAUGGUUAUGGGUCAAGCAUCGAGUCCGGACGCAAGUACUCAACAGGAAACAUCAGUAUCGGAUCUGCUGCAAAAGAUGGUGCCCAUAAUCCGCCGCAUCAGCAUUUCCAUCCGCCCAACUCAAGACGAGGAAGCUGGGCGUGGGAAAGCCUGAGCGAGUACGUCAGCUUAGGAAAAACGAGCCGGUCAAGCUCCAUUUCGACAAGCUCAAUAUCCCAGCGCGAGGACUGGGAGCACUGGGCAGAGAAGAACCUCACAAAGCAAGACCAGCCCGUCGAGAAGGACAAAAUGGCACUAAUCACUCGCAAAUACGGCGAGAUCCGCCAGAUCACAGGCCUGAGCGACCACGCUGUGAUCCUCCAGUCGCAUAAAGUCCAGUACUGCCCGCCGCUGGAUCGCUACUAUGCCAUCAAGGUCUUUCGCCGCAGUCCCGGUCAGAGCACGGACGAGUACACAAAACAAGUCAAUGCGGAGUUCGCCGUCGUCGCCAAUCUGCACCACCAGCACGUCGUCUCGACCUUCGAACUCCUCCCCAUCGGCGGAGGAAAUCUAGCCGCUUGCAUGGAGUACUGUGCGGGUGGGGAUCUUCACUCCCUGAUCACGGCUGGUCCCUCGCACAGAUUACCCUCGGAAGAGGCAGACUGUCUUUUCAAGCAGCUUCUUCGUGGCAUCUCCUACCUUCACAAAUCAGGCAUCGCCCACCGCGACCUGAAGCCGGAGAACCUCCUCCUGACACACAGGGCUUGCCUCAAGAUCUCAGACUUUGCGAAUGCCGAGCGCGUCCGUUUCGAUGGUGAUGAUUCUCAGCAUGCCAAUGACCUGGCGGAAACUGAACGCCGCAGCUUAGAACCGACACCGUAUCUUGCCCCGGAGCGAUACCUUGACGAGGGCGACAGGUACAUGUCCAGAUCCGACCCCAGAGCCCUCGAUAUCUGGGCCGCGGCUGUUAUAUACGUCGCUAUGAGGACAGGAAGGAACCUGUGGAAAGCGGCAACGGAGAAGGACGAGGGCUUCAGGGCGUAUGUCGAAGAGCGUAAGGCCGAGAAGACGAAUACUGUUAUCCAGGAUUCGUGCCAUGAACGGGGCCGCAAAGUGAUAUACGCCAUGUUAAGCACUGAUCCUGGGAAGCGACCUAUCGCGACUGAGAUUCUUUCCUCAGAGUGGCUUCAGAACAUUGACUGCUGUAUCUUUGAUCAUUCCCAAGCAGAGUCUAAUGGAUUUUCGGCCUGAUUCGUGCCGUCUUGGAGAGCCGGACUUCGUUGCGGGCUUCGUUUCUUACAGCACCUGUCAUUCAACUACUUUCCAUAUAUUAUAAUAUAUCCCCCGAAUUUGUGAUUGUCUGGCGUUUCUGGGACGGUUACAUUUUGUCUCCUCUUUACUGAUACACUGCUGAGCUACAGGAGCAAAUAAAUUAUCGAUCAUGAAUGAAGUGUAUACACGAUAUGGUAUAAAUCUAUCCAAAAUCCAUUCAAU